AUGUCAUACUACGUCUUGCCCUUGAACAACGACGGCAAACCCCGGCCUCUGGGCAAGGGAUCUUUGAUCUCGCUGCCGGUUCCCAACCCGAGCUACCACCUGCGUCUGGUGGUGUCUUCGGUCAGUGACAUUUCUCGAAAUGGCAAGAUCCUGACCAACGUGCCCAAGAAGGGCGACGAUUUUGACCGAACCAAGUACCAGGCUUUUGAAAUCUCCUCUUCCUUCGAAAAGGAGUGCUACGUUGACAUCCCUAUCUACGCCCCCGGAGCCUACUCGUUCUACGCUGAAUUUGAGACCCCCCGAAAGGACUUUUUCAACGCCUCCGAAGAGUCUCACUCCACCGGCAAGACAGAGGAGUACUACUUUAACGUGUCUUCUGGCUACACCCUCAAUGGCGAGCCCGUGCCCUUCUCGGCCCUUACUCUGAUCUCCAUCAUCUCCAAGUGGAUGGGCCCCUACAAGACCUGGGACAGCAAGCUGCAGUUCAUCAAGGACACCGGAUACAACAUGAUCCACUUUACUCCUCUUCAGACCCGAGGAGAGUCCAACUCGCCCUACUCCAUCUUUGACCAGCUAGAGUUUGACAAGGAAAUCUUCCCCAACGGCGAUUCCGACGUGGCCGAGCUUGUCGACAAGAUGGAGAAGAAGUACGACAUGCUUGCCAUGAUUGAUAUUGUGCUCAAUCAUACUGCGAACAACACUACCUGGCUGGAAGAGCAUCCCGAGGCCUGCUAUAAUGUCGAGACCGCUCCCCACAUGGAGUCUGCCAUUGUUCUCGACGACGCCAUUAUCGAGUUUUCCGAUGGAGUCGGACUUGUUCGAGACCCUGGACACCUGGAUGAGAUUAUGAGUAAUUUCAAGGACACCGUCUCUGGCCUUGAUCUGUGGCAGUUUUACGUUCUGGAUGUUUCUAAGAAUGUGGACGCCAUUGCUGCAGCCUGGUCCUCUCUUUCGUACAUUGACAACCUUCCCGAUUGGGCCCAUGAUCUCAAGGGAGUUGCCAAGUACGUGACGGAGGAGGCUGUUGAGAACGCCCAUAUUCUUGGCGCUCGAUUUGGUAAGAAGGUUGAUGCGGCCAAGGCCGCUGGAAUCAUUGCCACCUAUCUUUCCAAGCUGGAGAGCACUGAUGCCAAGGCCUUCCCUGCCGAUAUGGUCAAGUCUGAGGUCAAGAAGGUGCUUGAUGAAGUUAACGACCCCUUCUACAAGGAGUACAACGCCGACCAGGUCACCAUUCUGGACCAGGUGAAGAACCGAGUUUCGUACACUCGACUGGACGAGAAUGGACCUCAGCAUGGCCAGGAGGUGUCUAAGAAGUCCCCUCUGGUGGAGACUUACUACACCCGAAUCACCUCCAAGGACGGCAAGAAGCUGCAUCUGGCCAACAAUGGAUGGAUGUGGGGAGCCAACCCUCUAGUUGACUUCGCUUCCAACAAGUCGAAGGCCUAUUUGCUUCGACAGGUGAUCAUUUGGGGCGAUUGCGUCAAGCUUCGAUACGGUAAGAAGCCUGAGGACUCGCCCUGGCUGUGGGACCACAUGGCCACGUACGUGCAGACUUGUGCCAAGUACUUCCAUGGUGUUCGAGUCGACAACUGUCACUCCACUCCUCUUCCUGUCGGCCAGUAUCUGCUUGACAAGGCUCGAAAGGUGCGACCUAACCUCUUCGUUGUUGCCGAGCUGUUUACUGGCUCCGAGGAAGAAGAUCGAAUCUUCGUUGAGCGUCUCGGUAUCACUGCUCUGAUUCGAGAGGCUAUGCAGGCGGACAACGUUGCCCAGCUGUCCACUCUUGUUCACAAACACGGCGGUAGACCCAUUGGCUCCUUCUUUGAGCAGUCUCUGGCUCAUUGUACUCAGGAUGGUGUUGAAAGAGUUGAUGUUGCUGGUGAUCGUCUGGACAUCAACUUGGUUCGAAAGAGCAACGUCGAUGCUCUGUUCAUGGACUGCACUCACGACAACAACCCCCCUGCCCAGAAACGAACUGUGGAGGACACUCUGCCCAACGCCGCUUUGGUUGCCAUGUGUGCCUGUUCCGUGGGCUCCAACAUGGGCUACGAUCAGGUGUACCCCAAGCUGCUUGAUGUUGUGGGCGAGGAUCGUGCAUACAACUUUGAUGGCGGCAUUUCGAAGAUCAAGGCUCAGCUGUACGCUGUUCACGAGGAGCUUGGCCGAAAGCAUGCCGAGGAGACCUUCAUUCACCACGAAGGCCAAUUUAUUACUGUGCACCGACUGUCCCCUAUUGACGGUCAUGGAUACUUCCUGGUUGCUCGAACCAAGUUUGAGGAGCACACCCCCGAGCAGACUAUUGCUCCCAUUACUCUGUCUGGUUCCAAGGCCGAGCAGGUACUCGCUGUGAAGCUCGUCAAGACUGGAGACCCCGAAAAGUCCGACAAGGAGAUCUUUGGUAUCCCCACCAAGGUCGAGGAGCUUGGAGACGCCGAUAUCAAGUUUGAGAACGGCACUACCACUAUCACUCUUCCUGACUUCCCCGCGGGCUCCAUUGCGCUCUUCAAGACAAACUACGUGGAGGUGGACAAGGAGAUGGACGAGUUUGUGCGAACUGGCGCCGACGAGGCCGUGUCCAACUUUGACUUGCUAGACCUCAACGUGGUUCUUUACCGAGCCGAGUCCGAGGAGCGAGAUUUCUCUGGCGGAAAGGACGGCGUCUACGAGGUUCCCGGCUACGGAAAGCUCACCUAUGCCGGCAUCCAGGGUUGGGUGUCCCCUCUUAUUUCAAUUGUGGCAGAUAACAACCUUGGUCAUCCUCUGUGCGAGCACCUUCGACAGGGCAACUGGGCCAUGGGCUACACCGUAGACCGUCUGGGCAAGUACGAAGAGGAGUACCCUGACGUCGCCACCUUCAAGAAGUGGCUCAAGAGCCGGUUCGACCGAAUCUCUUCUCUUCCCAACUUCCUGCAUCCCCGAUACUUUGCCCUUAUCAUCUACACUGCCUAUGCUGCUCUGCGAAACAAGGCGCUCUCUCUGCUGGACUCUUCUAUCAGCGACUCGACCAUUUUUGUGCAGAACCUUGCUCUGACGUCCAUCCAGAUGAUUGGAAAGAUCCCUUCUGCCUCUGUCUUCCCUGACAAGGUCGUUGCUUCCCUGGCUGCCGGUCUGCCCCACUUUUCCGUGGACUACAUGCGAUGUUGGGGCCGAGAUGUGUUCAUCUCCAUUCGAGGUCUUGCUCUGUGCACUGGUCGAUUCGACAUUGUGAAGUCGCACAUCCUCGGUUUUGCCAAAACUCUCAAACAUGGUCUGAUCCCCAACCUACUUGACUCUGGCAGAAACCCUAGAUACAAUGCCCGAGAUGCCACAUGGUUCUUCUUGGAGGCCAUCCAGGACUACGUCAAGUUUGCCCCUGACGGAGAGAAGAUUCUGGACGAGAAAAUCACCCGACGAUUCCCCCUGGACGACAAGUACGUGCCUGUCGACUCUCCGGAGGCCUUCCAGACCACUUCCACCAUCCGAGAAGUCAUCUACGAAAUCUUCACCCGUCACGCCAAGGGCAUUGAGUUCCGAGAGGCCAAUGCUGGCCCUGACAUUGACUCGCAGAUGAAGUCUGAGGGUUUCAACCAGAAGAUCACUGUCGACUGGAGCAACGGUCUCAUCUUUGGAGGUAACCAGUGGAACUGUGGAACCUGGAUGGAUAAGAUGGGUGAGAGUGCCAAGGCUGGCAACAAGGGCUACCCCGGUACUCCUCGAGAUGGAUCUGCCAUUGAGAUUGCCGGCCUGCUCAAGUCUUCGCUGCGGUUCGUCAACGAGCUCAACAAGAAGGGUCUGUUUGAAUGGACCGAGGUGGAGAACCAGGACGGCAACAAGGUCAAGUUUGUCGACUGGGAGAAGAAGGUGCAGGACUCGUUUGAGCACUGCUACUGGGUGCCCGAGGAGGCUUCCCAGGACAAGGACUACGAUGUGGACUCCUCUAUCGUCAACCGACGAGGCAUCUACAAGGAUCUGUACCGAUCUGGCAAGCCCUACGAAGAUUACCAGCUUCGACCCAACUUUGCCAUUGCCAUGUCUGUUGCCCCCGAGCUCUUCACCGUGGACAAGGCUCUGCACGCUUUGUCGGUGGCUGACAAGGCCAUUCGAGGUCCCGUCGGUAUGGCUACCCUUGAUCCCUCCGAUCUCAAUUACCGACCCUACUACCUUAACAGUGUGGACAGCGACGACUUUGCCACUUCCAAGGGCCGAAACUACCAUCAGGGUCCUGAAUGGGUGUGGAACAUCGGCUACUUUUUCCGAGCCUUCCUGCAUUUCGGACUCGCCCAGUUCGAGCAUCCCAGCAAGGAGGCCCGAGACUCCGUCUACCAGCAGCUGUCUUCACGUCUGGAGGAACACCGAAAGUGGAUCCACGAGUCUCCUUGGGCUGGACUCACCGAGCUCACUCAGAAGGACGGCGAGCUGUGUGGAGACUCUUCUCCCACCCAGGCAUGGUCUUCUUCCACUUUGAUUGACCUUGUUUUUGACGCCAAUCUCAUUGAGAAAAACUAA